AUGAUUGAGAGCACACCAGAAGCACUUGGUUUCCAUCCAAAAAGUGAAAUACGUCGUCUAAUUAAUAAAUGUCUCAUAACUGUUUCAUCAGUCAAUAAGAUUCAUAUGCAUUACUUGAUAGAGCAAAUGGGCAAGGAUAUUGUUAAUAAGGAAUGCGACCAGCCUGGAGGACGCAGCAGGCUGUGGAAUUUUGAAGAUAUUUACCGUGUAAGGUCCAAAUUAGUCAUUGGAGCUUCUUUCACUAUCAUUUUUGAAUUUUGUGGGACAUAUAAUUUGGAACGUCCAACGUCCUUCAUGAAGUUGCGCAAUCUUAGAUUCCUCAAAAUCAGGAGUACUGAAGUGCUAGUUGCUAAUAACAAGCUUGAAUUUCUUCCACAAACGCUAAGAUAUCUUGACUGGGGUCUAGAAUCUUUGCCAUUAAAUUUUUGUCCAAAGAAUCUUGUAGAACUUCACAUGUCUUUUAGCAAUCUCACACAACUGUGGAAUGGAGAUAAGCCUCUUAGAAAAUUGAGAUUAAUGGACCUCAGCAGCUCUAUACGCUUAACCAGGAUUCCAGACUUGUCUAGUAUUGCCCCAAAUCUCGAGUUUUUAUAUUUGAAUGGAUGUCCAGGUUUGGUUGAAUUUCCCUCUCUUCAAAAUCUGAGCAAGCUUACUGAACUAAGUCUAGGUGGGUUUGAUAAGUUCACUCAUUGUCCAGAGAUUCCUUGUAAUAUAAGGAUUCUAUACUUACAUCAAAAUGCAAUAGAACUACUUCCCUCAUCAAUUGAGCAUCUGUCUCAACUUGUCAAAUUGUCCUUUCUUCCAAAAAGCAUUGAACAACUUUCGAAGUUGAAACGGCUUGAUUUAAAUUAUUGCAAGAGACUUAAAUGUUUACCAGAGCUUCCAUCAUGCUUGGAAUACUUAGAUGCUUCAGAUUGCACCUCUCUCAAAUCUGCAUCAACUUCUUUCCUUUUCUUAGAAGAUGAAGAUGAAAAUGCAAAAGCAGAUAAAAGUGAAAGUGAAGAUGAUAAUAAAGAAGCAUAUAAAAGUGAAGAAGCAUAUAAAGGAGGUGAAGAGCCAGAAGGGAUGAAAUAUAAGAAUAAAGGAUCUUCGCUUUCAUUAGUCGGACUUGACCUCCAUCACUUAGUUGCCUUCUCUUUCUGCGUUGUUCUUCAUCCCACACUUUAUUCUCGUGAUCCAGAUUAUGGUCUUAUUCCUGAAAGCAUUGAUGUAGUCUGA